AUGGAGUGCAGCCUUUCCUCUCUCUCCACCCCUAUACUUCAAAGGGAACUUGCUGAGAUUACAGUAGACCCCCCUCCAAACUGCAGUGCUGGCCCGAAAGGCGACAAUUUGUACGAGUGGGUGUCGACAAUCUUUGGACCAAAAGGAUCUGUAUAUGAAGGCGGGGUCUUCUUCCUAGAUAUUCACUUCACAAAUGAUUAUCCAUUUAAACCUCCAAAGGUGACAUUUCGUACUCGGAUAUAUCACUGCAAUAUUAAUAACCAGGGUGCUAUCUGCUUAGACAUUCUGAAAGACAAUUGGAGUCCAGCAUUGACGGUAUCCAAAGUGUUGUUGUCCGUGUGCUCACUCCUCACAGAUUGCAAUCCACGGGAUCCUCUUGUUGGCAGUAUUGCCACUCAGUUUCUGACGAACCGUGAAGAACAUGACAAGACUGCUCGUCAAUGGACCAAGAAGUUUGCUACGUGA